AUGAACAUCUACAACAACGUGGACAACCAUCUGAACAAACAAAACUUGGAUAGAUUAAGGGAUAUGCGUGAAAAAUUCAAUUACGAGAUUGAAGAAGAUCAACAUGAAUUUCUCGGUCAACUUUACUGCUUAUUUAACGAUUGGGAGGGCCAAUAUCCAGAUUUUCAAGACAUUUUUGAGCCCGAAGAAGUCGACUGGCUUCUCGCGAAAUCUAUUAGUUUCCGUGACGAAGAGGGGCACAAUCGUCCAGGAGAACUAUUCAUUAAAUUCGUGGCUAACAGCGGCUACAAAUACCAGCCUAAAAUUGAGCAAGACGGUAAGCCACUUGAGCGUCGAACUACGGCAGUGCAUCAUGCGGCUAGGAGCGGAUUUCUUAAUAAGGACAUCAUGGUCCGUGAGCUUUUUAAAAUUUACAAUGAUUUCGAUGUUAAUUACACCGACUCGUCUGGCCUGACUCAUUUCCAUGUGGCCUGUGCUAUCGGCUGCGAUUACGUCGUCAAGAAAUUUCUCGAGCUCGGCCAGGAUCCCAAUCUGCUUGUGCAUGAGACAGGCUAUUCUGCGCUACACUUGGCUUUGGAAAAAGGACACAAAGAAGUAGUACGGUCGCUGCUGAGAAAUAACGCUGACCCUAAUUUGACCAAUCCAGAGGGAUCGACUGCUUUGCACCUAAUAUGCAAGAUGGAUCGUCCUAAGGCCUUAAUGAGGCUGCUGUUCGAGAUCAGCGAUGAAAAAAGUCAACCGUUGCCGCUCGACGCCCGGGACAAGGAGGGUAAAACGGCGCUGCACUUGGCUCUGGAGAAAGGACACAGGAAAGUUGUACAGCUGCUGCUUGAAAGAGACGCCGACCCUAACUUGGCCCAUCCAGAGGGAUCGACUGCUUUGCACCUAAUAUGCAAGAUGAAUCGUCCUAUUGCCUUAAUGAAAUUGCUGUUCGAGAUCAGCGACAAAAAAAAUCAACCAUUGCCGCUCGACGCCCAAGACAAGAAGGGUAAGACGGCACUGCAUUGGGCUCUGAAGGACAAUAUACGUACGGAUGUCGCCGAAUGGUUGCUGAGAAAAGGCGCCGAUUCGAACUUGGCCGACAAAGAGGGAUCGACAGCUCUGCAUAUCAUUUGCAAGAUGAUCGGAUUCAAUUACUUGGCGAAUCUGCUGUUCCAGAUCAGCGACGAAAAACAUCGACAUGUGCUAGUCGAUGCACAGGACAAUGAGGGUAACACGCCAUUGCACUUGGCUUUGUGCCAUGUCAACGAGGAAGUGGCACGAUUGCUGCUGAGAAGAGGUGCCAAUCCAACAUUAGCCAAUAAGGAUGGAAAUAUACCCCUGCACAUGGGUAUUUGGUAUUACGACGUUGAAUCGCUCAGGAUGUUAUUCGAGCUUAGCAACGCCAAAUACCAUUCGGGACAGUUAAACGCCAAGGACAAACAGGGUAUGACACCGUUGCACCUGGCUCUGAAACUCAAGAAAAAAUUAGUGUCCGAAUUUCUGCUGAGGCAAGGUGCGGAUCCACAUUUGACUGACGAUGUAGGAAAUACUGCUUUGCACGUGAUGUCUUUUGAAACCCACAACAAAGAUUUGGUGGAGAUGUUCUUCAAGGUUAACGACGAGUUAAAUCAGCAGUUGCAGAUCGAUGCCAGAGACUCGUACGGUACGACACCGCUGAGCUUGGCUCUUUUGUGGAGCAACAAGAAGAUGAUCGAGCAGCUGAUGAGACGCGGCGCCGACCCGAAUCUGGCCAAGGUAGAUGAUGAAUCGACGCCGCUGCACUUCAUCUGCUCGAUGUCCUCCGAAAAAUACUUGGCGGGGGUAGUCUUAAAGAUAAUAAACGAAGAUAGUCAUCAAACAGUGUCGAUCAACAUGAGGGACAGGACCGGUCAAACGCCACUCGAAUGGGUCGUGGCGAGAUUAUCGCCGAAUACCGUCGAUGUACUGUUGGAUCACGGCGCCGACUUGUCUAACUUCGUUUUCCCAAGCGAGAGAAGAUUCAACCUCGGCGUUGAAUCGAACGACGGCAUAAACAUAAAAGUAACGUCUGGCAUUUUGGCCGUCGUCGAGCGCCUCGAGACUAGAGGAUACGAGCUUAGCCGAACGGACGCCCUGACGAUCAUGAAUCUGUUUGCCAAGCACAAAUUGUUCGUCAAGUCGGCGGAUCUUGAAGUUCUCAAUUGGCAGGACCACGAGGAGGUCACGAUCUUCGCGAAAGAGACGAUGAUAAGUCCGAGUCUGUCGCUCUACGACCUGCUCCAGUUGCGACCUAAGGAGGUGGCAAAACGAUUCACCUGCAAGGAAUUCUUCGAGUUCGCCCGUAGCAAGAAAAAAUUGUCGACGCUCCGCAAAAAAGGGUUUGAGGCGUGUGUCGUCGCGCAUCUGUGCGAGAAAUUAUCCAGAAGAUUUUUCCAGAGCUGGACGUUGUAUCCCUUCUGGGAUCUGAUACAUAAGCGGCUGCCGCUCGAGUGCUGUGACAUGGUCCUCGACAAUCUAACGAACGAAGACUUGUAUCACAUUUUCUUGACAGCUGGCGAGCAAAGCUCGUGA